UGUAGGCUCUGUGCUUAGCUUGCCUCCGCGUCAUCACAACAGAUCAGACUUUGGCCGGAGACUGAAGAAGUGCGACGACUUUUUUUACUUCGGAGCAAAUUCUCUCUGUUUUUGUUUUGUUUUUGUAUUUUACAAACUUUUUCGUCGAUUUUUUUUCUUGUCGGAGUUUGUCAGCGUCUCUUUCAGGAUGGUCAAAGUGUCUUUUAGCUCCGCUUUGGCUCAGAAAGAUGUGAAAAAGGACGCAGAGACUCUGAUUCCAGAGGAGGACAAAGAUGCGGAAGCUGCCCUGCCGCUGCGUCACCAGUCACGGGCCUGGUGCUGGUGCAUGUGCCUGGGUCUCGCCCUCAUGCUGUCUGGAGUGGUGGUUGGAGGAGCCUACCUGUACCGCUACUACGUCCUGGAGGUGAGCUACCAGCCCCGACAAGGGUGGGAGGAACAGGAGGACGAGGUGUUUGUGUGCGGGGUGAACUACCGUGAGGAAGACUACAUGAUCCAGGAGGAAGAUGAGAUUGAGGUGGCGCUGCCAUCGCAGUUCCACAUGCGGCUGCUGCAGGAGAGGAUCCGGGUGCUGGAGAGGGAGCAGGUGGCGCUGAUCAAUGUCCCCGUGCCCGAGUUCGGCGAAGGUGACCCGGCUGACAUCGUCCACGACUUCCAGCGGAGGUUGACCGCCUACCUGGAUCUGAGUCUGAACAAGUGCUACGUCAUCCCGCUCAACACCUCCAUCGUCAUGCCUCCCAGAGACUUCUUGGAGCUGCUCGUCAACGUCAAGGCCGGCACCUACCUGCCUCAGUCUUACCUGAUCCAUGAGGAGAUGAUUGUGACGGAGCGCCUGGAGCACGUCGACCAGCUCGGCUAUUUCAUCGACAACCUCUGCCGCGGCAAAGACACCUUCAAGCUGCAGCGCAGAGACAGGAUUCUGGGUAUGCAGAAGCGUGAGGCUCUGAACUGCCACAAGAUUCGUCACUUUGAGAACAAGUUUGUGGUGGAAACUCUGAUCUGUGAGCCUUAAGAGACCUUGUCGCCUCACACCUGCUCUUAAAGUCACUGGCGUGCAGUGAAAUCUGUGUUUUUAAUCCUCACCUGUCUUUUUUUUCCUGUCCUUUACUUCAGGUAGUUUGAGUGAGUGAGAGGAGUGAAAUGUGAAGCUGUUUGGUAAAAAUAUUCAUUGAUUGUGAUUUAAAAAAAUAAAGGUGAAGAGUUGUGUAUUUUUCCACUUUUCUGUACGGGGAUCUUCUUGGAAUCUUUUCAUAAAAUAAGUAGUUAAAAGUCAGCCGAGUAUAAAAUAGUAAAUUAUUUUAAUCAAAAUCACUGAAAUUAUAGCAUGAACAUGUAUUUCAAUAGACAAGGGUAAAUGUAGUUUGCCUUUCUUUCAGUCAAGACAUAACAUUUCAAGAGAAGGGGCAACUUUUGUACCACUCAUCCUGGUUGUCGAAGCAGAUCAGUCCAGGGAGACUUUUUUUUGUUUUUUGUAUUUUGUCUGCUGUAGCUAUUAAUACACUGCACCUGUUCUUUCUUAACUGGAAAAUUAUCUUAAAAUAAGAGUGUGGAUACUUGCUUCUCGUUUAGCUUUAAAAAUAAGUUUGUAUUAAAUAGAAAUGAGAAAAUAAAAUUCACAGCAAAGAGUUUAAACACACACUUAUGUUAAAAUCUUUUUCUCAAGGGUUGUCUGUCUUUUUUUGAAUGUGUAAUUUUUUGGAUAACUCUUCUUCUUGUACUAAUUUGUGUAUAUAAUCUCUUUAAAGAUAUGAACAGACCAACACAAUAAACAAAAUAGAAAAAACAAA